CGGUUAGCUGGGUGAGCUGGGUGAACUCAGCGCUUCUGUCUGCCAGCCCUCUCUUCCAGAAGCAACGAGGUGGCUAAUUAGCUAGCUAACCUAGCUUAGCUUAGGUAGGUUAAGUUACUGGUUUGCUUGCACUGCACGCAGGUGAGUCUGGUUGUUAGCUAGCUUAGCGAGCUCGCAUUAGCCACACCGCUAACACUUAUACAUUCUCGCCGUGUGUCUGUCGGUUUAUAUGUGGGCGUGUGCCUUUAGCAUUAUGUCAUGAGUUAAGCUGCUCUCGAGUCAGUUGGUCUGAGUCGCUCCCAGCCUGAAUCUCCCACAGGGAUGCCUUGCUGGAUGGGUAUAUAACCUGUAAGGCUAUUCAGUGAAAUUUUAGUGAGUGCUUUAGCCUUUUUUUAUUUAUGUUGGCAUCAGGUCGCUGUACUAAAUCGCUCCUAGGCUUCUCUGGUGUUUGGUACAAGUUGAUUGGGCAGACAGAUUUUAACUUUCAGAGACAACCAGAAAGUCUGUAGGAGGGCUGUGAGCAAAGCUCCCAUCCGAGGCCCCCUCCCAAAGAAGCAGCAUGUCCAGCGACCCCCCUCCUCCCUAUCCAGGGGCCCCCAGUGCCCCUCUUAUUGAAGAGAAGAAUGGACAACCUCCAGUCUCUGCAAGCACAGCUCCGGUAACAACCGGUCCUCCAGUGGGACAGCCUUUGUCACCAGAGUAUGGUCCUCCACCUUACGAGGCCACAAUGCAGCCAGAUUUCAUUCCGCCACACGUCCCUGGCGAGGGCCAUAUGCCCAUGCCCAUGCCCAUGCCACAUCCACACGGUGGCUAUUAUCCUCCUCCUGGUCAUUAUCCCCACUCCAUUCCGGGACAGUUUGGUCCAGUGCCCAGCCACUAUGGCCCAGCUCCAGGACACACAGCAACAGUGAUUGCCCCACCAGGGGCUGCCACUACGGUCACAGUGCUGCAGGGUGAGAUGUUUCAGUCGGCACCAGUGCAGACAGUGUGUCCACACUGCCAGCAGGCCAUUAUCACCCGCAUCAGCCACGACGUGGGCCUAAUGAACACCCUCUUCUGUCUUUUCUGCUUCUUUGUGGGUUGUGAUCUAGGCUGCUGCUUGAUCCCGUGUCUGAUCGACGACCUCAAGGAUGUGACACACACCUGCCCCAACUGCAAGGGCUACAUCUACACAUACAAACGCAUAUGCUAACAGCGUCCCCGACCCUCACAGCAUCAUCCCAGCAGUUGUACUAAGUCCUCAUCGCUUACUCACGUGAGUUCUGCCACAUUUUCUGUUUUUGUUUUUCCGCUCUGUGUGCUGUGCUUCAUUUAGCCCCAGCUGGCUGACCAGUUUUUGUUUUUACUAGGCGUCCGUCCAUUUCUUACUGUAAAUAACCACUGACUCUCUCAACCAUGUACAAGGACUUGUUUGGUUAUUGACACUACAAGGUGAAUUGAAGG